AUCGCGUGUAGUGCAGUACGUCGGCAGCAUGAUCCAGUCGCGCUUCAAGAAGUUGUUCGACACAAGAAAAGAUUAAAAUAUUAAAGAAUAUGUGUGCGGGAUGUGCGGUCGGUGUAUUAUCAAUUUAGCAAAAAGAAACAUUCCUUAUAGUUUGAAAAAUUUCAGAUAAAAAUGCAAUUUGCAAAACACACGCUGCUCUUUUGUUGUUUGGUUUUAUGGGAGAAUAUUGAGGCUGUAGUAAAUAACGAAAAUGCGGCACUGAAAAGUUUUGUUAAAAAUUAUAACCGACACAAGGCCGAUAUCAGCAUACAUAAAGUUUCUUUUACUCAGAAGGGAUACAUUCAGUUUUUGAGGUACAUUAGCGACGUGCCGCCCCUCAGCGACUACACUUUCUGUAUAUGGGUCAGAAGUAACAACCUCACGUACUCCCAUCCUAUUCUGUCAUAUUCGAAACACGAAGAGGAACGCUUAAUUCGAGUUUGGAUCUCACCUCACGGAACCGACAUAAAUUUGGAAAUCCUCGAGUACCCCAUCUUUAAAAUACCCAUAAAAUUCGUGGAGAAUCACUGGUACCACAUCUGCCAAUCGUGGUCCUCAUCUCAAGCGCUAUACAAUUUAUACUUCAAUGGAAAGUUAAAAUCCACGGGCUUUGCGCCUCAGCUACGAGGAAUAAAAAUCAAGGGCGGCGGUGACAUCGUUGUGGGACAGGAGUACACCGAUUUCGAUAAGGGACUUGACGACGGCAUCGAAGGGGACGUUUUCGGCUUCAACUUCGUCCUAUCGCCGACGUCGUAUUCCGACUUCCCCUCACGCCGCCAUUACGCCAUUAGCAACGAGGAGAUACGUCAACCGUCAACUUAUCCCCAUCGUUCAGCUGUCGAUGUCCCAGACGUAUUUAGUUACUUUUCGGUUCAACCGAACCGAAAACCGAAAAGUUUCUCGGAUAUCUUCGACAAUAUGUUCGGUUUGGUUGAUGCUCCCGCUAUACGAAUGCAACCCAACAGGAGAAUCCAUUUAGGGUCGAGGAUAAUUAACGACAUUGAAAGUUUUACGCCAAAGCCAACGGGACUAAAAUUGGUGGAACUGAGUUAUAUUUGUUUUUUGGGGAAAGGAGCUCCGGUCAGCGGAAAGGAUGUUCUGAUUAGUUGGACGAAGACGCCGGUGAGGGUGUUCGGGGGCGCCAUAUUGAAGAACGUACCGCCAUUUUGCACGUGAUCAUAUAUGUAGUAUUCUAAUCAAGCUUUCACUAAUUUAUUUUACAUAAAAUAGAUUUUCAACACAAAAAAUGAAAAAGUGCCUGAAAACAGUCGUUGCCAACAUAGAUGUAGACACUAGUAUUUAAGUAGUAGAUGUGUGUAUAUAGUUGUUUUUGUUAUUGUCAUAUAAUAAAUAAAUGCGUUUUUCCCUA